AUGGCUUCCAGUAACGACACCGUUGUUCUUCCAGCACCGGCUCACGAUCAGACCUACGUUACCAUCUCAGCCCUCGAAGCCGGCCAGCUUACCCUUCCCGAGAGAUUGUUCGUCACAGAUGCCGACCCAGAAAGACGUGCGACAGUCCCAUCUCUCUCUUUCCUGAUUCGACACGGUGCAUCCAAUCUCGUCUUCGAUCUCGGUCUCAAACGCGAUUUCUCUGGCUACAGGGAAGCACAACAGCAUCAUAUAGCGCAACGCCAGCCUACCAGUGUCAGUCCGGAUGCAGCUGACAGCCUGCGAAGGGGUGGACUUGACCCAAAAGAUGUGGACGUGGUGAUACUGAGCCAUGUUCACUGGGACCAUGUGGGUACACCGAGCGAUUUCACAAACGCGCGAUUUGUGGUCGGAAGUGGGACUAUGCAUCUUCUUGCGAACGGUGGUGGGCCACUUUAUCCAUCCGAGAUAUUCAACCCUGAUGAGUUGCCUGCCGACCGAACGAGUGAGCUACCACCUGUUCGCAAGGCAGAAGCUCUACGCGCAUUCAAGAACCAGUUGGAAGAACUUGAGUGGAAGCCGCUGGCGGGGUUUCCGGCCUCCAUAGACUUCUAUGGAGAUGGAUCGUUAUUCAUCAUCGAUGCACCAGGUCACUUGUUCGGACACAUCAACCUUCUCGCUCGAACAGGACCGGUGAAAUGGGUAUACCUUGGUGGCGAUUGUUGUCAUGACCCACGCAUCUUGAGCGGCGAGAAGGGUAUCGCGCUCUACGACGAUGGGAAAGGUGGUUUGAGAAGUGUGCACGCUGACACUGAUGCUGCAGCCGCUACCGUACAAACGAUAGCAAGGCUCUUGAAGCAAGGGACUGUUCGUGAAGAAGAUGGAGGCCCUGUAGAAGUAAAGGAACGCAGGGCCGAACUCGAGCGGCGAGAAAACAAAAUCAAGGAGCGCGAAGUUGAGCUCCAGAAAUGCAGGGCGCGACUCCAGGAAGCCGAGACUCAAGUGGAAGUUGCUCGAAGCUGUCUUGCCACUAUGGGGCAGAACAACUACGCAAUACAUCAGUACACCGCGGAGACGAACGACACCUAUGCAGACACGGAUCAUGAUAGACUCUCGAGUCACCCGGCGCCCCCUCCUUAUUCGCCUCCCAACGAUCUCGAUCACGAAAGGAUACCAGCAGCAAGUGACGCGCCGAUAGACGGAGACACAGAUCGACUACACCAGAGAGAGCGCGAUCAUGGAAGCAGCGACUCUGAUAACAGCAGCGAUGAACGCGACUACCAUGAGCGGAGGAGAAAACUCAUCGCAGAACUUCUCCCUCUUUACAGGGAGAUUGGCAAGUCAAAGAAUGAGCUGAGGAAACGCAAAAGAGAAGCACGGGCGCCCCAGGAGAUGAUCGGACUGCUUCGAAGACACAUCAGCCUCAUGGAACAAGCGAUGGGUCCGCUGAAGCAGUUGGCGUUCGAUGUUGGGGAGUUUGAUCCUCUAGUUGAUACCGCGAUAGAGGCCGUUACGGGAGGACCGAUAUCCCUAGGAUGGUGA